AUGCUUGUCCAACUCACCACCGUCGUCGCCUUCGCUGCGGCCCUGGCCAGCGCGAACCCCAUCGCCGCGGGCGACGCCAACAUCCAGAAGCGCUAUUUGCGCGACUACUGCUAUGGCUGGUCGAUAGGGUCCGGCACUAUCCUGUAUGCGAAAUGCCGCGCCGACGACGGCCUUAUUCGCGACGAGAGCAUCGACCUCAACCGGUGCCUCGCCAACGACAAUGGCGCCCUGGUUCACAGCCGCGACGGAAACUUCCAGGCUUCUUGUAGCCUCCCAUACCUCAGGGAUGGGCCCAUUAUCGGCGUCAACUACUGCUAUGCCCGUGAUGGAAGGUCUUACCCGAGCGUCAUCUCCGCCGACCGCUUUGCGACCGUCAACAACGGCCGCCUUAGCUGCCAGUAA